UUAUGCAUCAGAGCUUGUGUGAGAAUUAUGUUGGACUUCCAUCUCUUGUUUACUCUUAUUUAUCUUCAAUUUAAAGCACCGUGUUUUAGCUGCAUGGACUCAAAAAGGAGGGUUUUCAAGAAUAAAUUCAUUUAUUUGUGAAACACUAAUACCUAAUGGAUGCAUUGCUAUUAAGAUAUGCAUUCGAAUGAGUGAAUGAAUUUGUGCAGAUUAACUUAACACUAAACCAUUGCCGUUAGCCAAUAAACGUGCGAUACAGGGUUAUUCUUGAGGGUGGAUGAAUUUCAUUGCUUGAAUAGAAUUAAUUGUUUCCGUUGAUUGUAUUAGAGAAUGGGAGAUUGUUCUGGCAGUGGAGAAUACAUGAAAUUGUGAUGAUUUAAGAGUUCGACGAAUUUCAGCUUACAUCGAAAUAUUCGAUAUAAAUCUCGAACUGAAUUUUGUGUCAUGACUGGAGCGGUCCGGCGCUGGGUGCGCGGCCGAGGUGCGCCGAAUUGCUCGUUCAUCGAGGCCGGCAGGUUGUAUUGAUCACUAAACGUGGUUAAAAGAGAGAGAGAGAGUGAGACAGAUACAAAACUUGGCAUUUCUAUGGACAGAAAAUAAUAAUGAAACUGAGAGCGAACUCAUUGGAUGUAGAAAUCCAGAACUAUAGAAAUACAGUGGAAGGAAAAUGAGACAGCUCUACAGCUUCCGCGAGGUAGAGGUCGUGUACGGAGAGCGAGAGAGAGAGAGGCGCUAGGCGUCGCGGCAUAGUCACUAGUCGGUUGUUCGGACGGAGGCGAGAAGGCAGUAGGACGCACAAGUGUUUGUGAUGGCUCAGAGUGAAGGCGCGCUCCGUUGAGGUAUAGACAUGCAAGAGGACUCCUCCACUGCUGACAUGGCGGACUUUUCGCCCGUGGUGGAACUCAACGUGGGAGGCGUCUUCUAUACCACGGCCCUCAGCACACUGACCCGGGAGCCAGAUUCCAUGCUGGCGCACAUAUUCUCCGGGAAGACUUCUCCUCCACCGCGAGACGCCAAGGGCAAAUACUUCCUCGAUCGCGAUGGCGUACUUUUCCGCUACAUCCUCGACUUUCUGCGAAAUCAAGCCCUCGUGCUUCCCGAGAGUUUCCGGGAGAAGCAGCGUCUGAGGCAGGAAGCCCUGUACUUCCGCCUGCCGGCGAUGGCUGAGGCCGUGGAGUCUUACACUGACAGCUCGGUGGUGCCUGCAUCAGGUGGAGGCACCAAGAGCUCUGCUACAGGCUACAUCACCGUCGGCUACCGCGGCAGUUUUGCUUUUGGCAGAGAUGGGUUGGCCGAUGUCAAGUUCCGGAAGCUGUCCCGCAUCCUGGUCUGCGGCCGCGUGACCCUUUGCCGCGACGUCUUCGGGGAAACCCUGAACGAGAGCCGUGAUCCUGACCACGGCCUCACUGACCGUUACACAUCGCGUUUCUUCCUCAAACAUUCCUUCAUCGAGCAGGCGUUCGAUAUGCUCCAGGAACAGGGCUUCAAGCUGGCAGGCAGCUGCGGCUCCGGGACUGCCGGAGGAUCCGCAACUGAGCAGCUCAAGCCCGGAGUCGACACGGAAGAGAACCGCUGGAACCACUACAACGAGUUUGUAUUCGUUCGAGAUUAAUUUCAGGACGAAGCAUCAACAGGAAUUGAGGUCAAUCACACCAAGGUAAACGAUAGCUACAGAGAACAUUCCUUCGUAUCUUCUUAAUGACUUCAUGGAACCUAUACCCGGUGUAGUAGUACAGUAGUAUUCAGUAGAGACAGCCACCCCCGUCUCCCGUAAUGUACAGAUGGACUAUGACUGAAAAUGCAACCUUUCAACAAUUAUGCUACAUACUUUAUAAACUAAAGUCGGUUACAUAUUAUAAGUAAGACUACACUCGUUACGCUUGGCAUAGAGGUAAUGAAGCCUUCUAGUAAAAGAACGCAGCUUUAGUACUCUUCAUCUUCUGCUGAGUGAAUGGCGUGGACCGGAAAUCAGCAAGUGUACAGUGGAGUGGUGAGUGACUGUGGAAAUUUCAUCCUCUUUAAUGUAUCACGCUUGUUGGCUAACGGGCUUCACUUCUUAAGAAGUUAUUGGCUCCCCUAUACGUGUCAACUCUGGAAAGUCGCUUUUCAUAUUGCCAUCCCGAACUUCCACAUGUUCUAGUCUACGUAAACAUGAAUAUAUUUAUUGCAUAUCCCAAGUCAGAUGUUCCUCACAAAUAAUGACCAAUAACGACGGUUUAAUUUAGAUAACGCCAUUAUAAAUUUAAUCGAUGUUGUAUAUAUCGUCUUAUUUCGUGGUGUUUGUCUCAAAUAAGAUACAUGAAUAUUAACGCUUUAAGUACGUCACCAAAGGUGAUUAAAAAUGUAAGUUAAGUAUCUUUAAAUGUGAGACAGGUGUAAGUCACAAUCGCAUCGCGUACAAAUUCGCUAAAUAAUCGAUAAAUGGUAGACCUAGGAAAUUGAACCUUUUCUUUAUUUAUGUCUUAGUGGCCGUUUGUUUCUCGGAAACAGGGUACACGGAGCAUUCUGACAAAAGUCAUUGGUCAUUAUUUUCGAACACGAAGCUUUCAUCAGGAUGUAAUAUUAAUGUUAUAGUUUGUAUCCCUUGUAACACGUGUGGUGACUGCUGAUUGUCAAGUACAUCCCGUGUGCUCGUAGUGACUGGAUUGGUUUCCCUUGUGACUCUUCGUAGAUUUGUAACAGAAAAUCUAUUAUGGAAAUAGAUGAACACGUGAACCUCAUCAGGUUGCAAUUAUACUAUCAGUCUGGUGUCAUGGAUCAUUGUUACAGAUACGUCUUGCCUAAUCUUCAGAGUUGUUCUCCCAAACUGGAGUCAUAUUUUAAAAAAGACAGAUGAGAGAGAUUUUCAUUCCAAAGUUUUGCAUUCAAGUACCAGUAUUUGUACUUUUAUGACAUAUGUUUCCGAUUUAUUCGAAGUCAUACUCUUGCUUUCUUAUUUAAAUUUAAAACUACCGCCAACUCAACCCAAACAUUUUUCUUGUAAUUUUUGAAUCCAGUUCUUCGUGAUCGGUUUACGUAAACUCAGUUUUUAUUGAAGGAAUCAGAUUUAUACUGUACAAAAUGAUGCAGUUGGUGUAUCAAAAACUCUUCGACCUGAUGUAUAUUUAUUUUAUUAAAUUGUCUGUUUUUUAUCUUCAUCUUGUCAUUCAUUGCCAGCACAUAGUUUUAUUAAGCUUUCUAGAAUAACGUACUCUAAAGCUGUGGAUCUAGUAUACAGUCUAUAUGACGAAAUCAGAAGCGAAAUUCCAGAGAAACGCCGUACACUCGUCGUUAUUCGGCAAAGUUCAGGUUGCAACUUUUUGAGGUUCACAAGACUCACUCACGCUCGAUCCGGAGAUAAAGCUGGUUACGUCCUAUGUAAAGUCCACAAUAUUCCAUCAUGAUAAUUUUACACUGUGAUUAUAUAUACACAAUUGUUUUGAUGGUGGCGGAAUAUGUAUACUAGUAAUUUAAAUAAGAUACAGGGGAAAAUUGAGCUGCUAAGUACCGUAAAGUAAAUACAGAACACCCCAAUAAAAUUUAACAUAUUUUGGCAAUUUAUUAAUGUGAUAGUCUUUCUUUGUAAUUUCAGUACAGUAAGGAACGUGUACUGAGAAAUAAUAUUUGUAUAUAAGUGUGAACGAGCAAAUAAAAAAGGUUCUAACACUUCGGUAAAUAUUAUUAAUUUGCACAAUUCGACCAGUGGACGAAGUGUUGUUUAGUGUCAUGUAAUGCGUAUGAUAAUAAUAGUAAUUUGAAGCAGGAUACAGUUUUAAAUUACCAGUUCCUUAUACAGUAAUACUACUUUGCCUGUCCUUCAGUAAUAAAUAUUUGCAACUAUUUUCAGUUGCAACAUUAAGAAACUCAUGAGUACAAAACAAAAGAAGUCUCAAAAGCAUGCACAUUUUAAUUUGCUAUUUACAAGAUAAUGAAUCUUCUAUUGAGAAUAAGUAGGAAAAUGUUUGCUGUAUUAGAAAAAUAAGUUACAGAAAAAUAGACGAAAUUGUGUCAUAAGCUUUGGCGCUACCACAGUAAUUUAUUCUCUAAUAAAUGACCCAAAACAAUGUAACUCCGUUUAAAUACGAUGUAUGAGGGGAGAACAUUUUCACCAAAGAAAAUUAUUAAGAAGAGUAGUAUAUGCUCAAGAGAAAAUGUUACAUAUUGUACGCCAAAAAAAUGACCAUAGGGAAACAUGUUUUUCUUCAUAAACAUUAAUUUUCAUUUAUGGUUUAAUCAUAGAUAUUCAAUUUGUAUAGUUCGGAUAACACUCAAUGAAGUUUAAUUCUGAAAUUGUAAAACCAAAUUUGAGAUAUGUGGACCAAAUGUGCUGAAUUAAAAUGAUUAUGAAACUGUAA